AUGGAGACCAUUAGCAACAUCACAAACGCGGCGAGCAAGGCCAUCUGGGGCACAAACGAGGCGAACCAGGAGCCCGUUUCGGGUGUCAAGGGAAACACCAACCAAGGCGAACCGUAUGACGCCGGCAACAUUGAGGAUCCCUUGGAUAAGGAGAAGAAGGCCGAAGUAGCAGAUGCCAGCACCUUGUCUGGCACGAGUGGAACAGCGUCAACCUCCGGGCCCACUGCGACCACAGGUCUGACCACUACUGUUACUCCUAGCACAAGCACAGCGUCAACCGACCCGACUGGCCCCUCGACAACGGAUGAUCCUCUGAAGCACAAGGCGACCCCUCUUACAGAGAGCAACCUGACGGACAGGUCACGAACCACAGAAGACAUUAAGCCCUAUAAAUCGUCUGCCACCGAAGACCCCUCAAAGAAGAAGGAGGACAUUGGCAAGCCUGAAUUGAAGAACACUUCUACCGACGAUGCGCCCCCGGCUGAUAGCGCUGCUGGAAAGACUGAUAUACGCCACCCUGCCGAUCCCGCCACCGACCCUGCGCCCAAGGGCCAAGACGUCACCAACAACGCCUCUGGGCCAAUUACCGGAGGCGACAAGCUCGACGGUCCCGGGCCCAGACCCUUGGAGACUGUUGCCAAGGAGCGUGGAGGUGAUGCUGGGAAUGUCAAGAAAGACUCUACCAAGGGCGGUCUGAUUGAGGAUGAGUCGGCAUCAGGUCUUGAGGGCAGCAAGGAGGAUGUUCCCAAGGCAGUCAGCCGAAGCGAAGGUACGGGGGAGAAGUACAUCAAGACUUCGGGCUUGGCGGUCGAUGGUGGUGACUUUGAUGCAACCAAGCCAGGCGCGGGCCGCGAGGCAGAUCGUCUACUGGACGAGAAAGAUCCUGCCCAUGCCGCUGCCAAGGCUGCUGCUGCAUCCAGCAGUGACAAGAGCACCGGAAAGACCAGUGAAGACCGCACACACAGCCCCAAAGCGGGUACCGAGAAGGAGAAGGAGAGUCUUAAGGACAAGAUCAAGGCCAAACUCCACCGUCACUAG